AUGGUACGAUGGGGCAAGCUCUUCGAUUCAGACGGCCAUGAUAGACGACACCGCCUCCAAGAUGAAAUGCGAUCGCUGCUGCCGACGCGCCGCGAACGUCCUCCGACGCCGCCGAUACCCCCCAAGGAGGUUACCAAGGUCGCACUCCGCCUCAAGCACCAGAUCGAGCAAGUGGUACCGUGCGAGCUAGAGCAAGAGCUCGUCGUCAAACCGCAUAGCCAUAUAAUAACUCCAGGCGUCGUUGCGACCGCAAAGGAAGCCGGUGGCGAACAAUACGCCGCAUGCGUGGUAUACUGUCUGCUGGUGGUCAAGAAAUGGUUCAAGAGACAGGCACUGGCUGAACUCUGGGAUGCCGACCUGCACGAGUGUCGCGCCACAGCUGCUGAGAAGCUGGCCAAGCUUAUCAUUGAGGACGAGGAAGAUCAAAACUACCUCAUGGAGCACAUCCUGCUCAAGAGAUAUUCUAUCUUUGUCGACGGCGAACCCACAGUGCCUGCCAAUGUUAUCGAGCGCGCUGUCGAUCUGCAUUCCUUGACUGUCAUUGGAUCCUCCGGCUAUCAGAAGUGCAUACAUCAUCUGUGGAAGGGCUGGUUAGUGCAGGAUGACGAGGACCCUAGUCGCUUCGUGCACUAUGACAAUAAGACAAACACGUCUUACUGGUCGCACUUUGACCCCGACCGCAUGCGGGUGCCGCGGUACCAAAAUGCCCUCCAGAUCGCUGUCUCCGUCAUCUUCCUUGCUCUCUAUACGGGCGCCAUCAACACAAUCAACCCGUCGGGUGACCUCGAUGUUGUAGAAAUUCUGCUGUACAUUUUCACACUUGGUUUCAUAUGCGAUGAGACGGCGAAACUGUGGAAAGUAGGCCGCUACUACAUUGGUUUCUGGAAUGUCUUCAACACUACUUUAUACGCCCUACUCGCGACUUCGUUCAUCCUACGCAUGGUAGCCUACGGACAAGGAGACGACAAAGAGAAACGAGCACACUUUAACGAACUAAGUUAUGACUUCCUCGCCUUCGGUGCCCCCAUGUUCUGGAUGCGUCUCCUACUCUACCUGGACACCUUCCGCUUUUUCGGCGCCAUGCUCGUCGUCCUGAAAGUCAUGAUGCGCGAGUCCCUCAUCUUCUUUGCACUCUUGCUGGUCGUCAUAAUCGGUUUCCUGCAAGCUUUCAUCGGCCUUGACCUCACAGACAACUCCCUGCAAGACUCGGGCUUCGUCAUCCAAGCCAUGCUCAACGCCAUCAUGCAGAGCCCCGAAUUCGACGGCUUCGAGCGCUUCGCACACCCCUUCGGCCUCAUCCUAUACUACAUCUUCACCUUUGUCGUCAUGGUAAUUCUGCUCAACAUCCUCAUCGCGCUGUACAACUCCGCCUACGAGGACAUCACCGAGAACGCCAUCGACGAGUACAUGGCGCUCUUCUCUCAAAAGACCAUGCAAUUUGUGCGCGCGCCGGACGAGAACGUCUUUAUUGCCCCCUUCAACCUCAUCGAGAUGUUCUGCCUCAUUCUGCCGUUUGAAUGGUGGAUGCCCCAAGAUACCUACAACCGCCUGAACGACUACGUCAUGGGUUUCAUCUACAGCCCGCUGCUGAUCAUAACUGCGUGGAUGGAGACGACGCAGGCGCACAGCGUGCGCACGAACAGGAAGCGCGGCGAGGACGACGACGAUGUUGUGCAGGAGUGGGAGCAGGUCAUGGGCGAGUGCGACUUUGAGGCUGAUGGGUGGGACAAGAAGGUGCAGCAGACGAAGCCGAAUGUGGAGUUUGACACCACGGUGCUUGAAGUGAGGAAGCUACAGCAGGAAGUCUCGGAGCUGAAGGAGAUUUUGCUCGAGUUGAGGGAUAAGGCCAAUUGGGGGAGCGAUACCUUGAAGGAGAGUAAGAUUGAGGACAAGGGCGAGAGCAGUGAUAGCGUCGCGAGGGAGGAGUAA